AUGGAGCUGUACACAGUGCUCGACUAUGAGCGACUAGCCAAAGAGAAACUGGACAAAGAUGCAUGGGAGUAUUUCAACUACGGAAGGGGACGAAAGUGGUGCUUUCAGGAUAGCAUUGAGGCAUUUUCGAGAUAUCGAAUAAGAAGCCGGGUGCUUCAGGAUGUUUCCAACCGUUGCCUAGCAACAACAGUUCUUGGUCAGUCCAUCCCAUAUCCGAUCUGUAUUUCACCGACAGCCUGUCAGUUCUUUGCUCAUCCUGAUGGCGAAGAGGCAACGGCAAAAGCUGCAGAAGCUGUAGGGGCCUUGAUGGUACUCUCUUGCGGUGCACGCUCUUCAAUGGAGGACAUUGCAAUGGCUGCACCAGGAGGUCUUCGAUGGAUGAACAUCUAUCCCUUUACAGAUCGUCAGCUCACUGAAUACACCAUCCGCAAGGCAGAGAAACUGGGAUUCAAGGCACUUGUUGUAACCGUUGAUUCUCCUGUGCCAGGCAUACAUGGUGCCAUGGAGGAACUUUUAGGAAAGGACCAUGUGGUGAACCAUUCCUCCUAUCGGUAUGUUAACGUUUGCUGUUAUCUUAACUGUAAUUGUAGAACAUCUUCAAUCUGUGGGCAAGUCUAAGCUGUUUUGUCCCUUAUGUUACUGAUCAUGAUCAUGUCUAACAAAGUAAGAUU